AGAAUAAAAGGGGUGGGGGGUGUUUUUGCAUUUCAGGAGUGCAGGUAUAAAGAAGUGCUCUGGUCAUAUUCAACUCUCUUACAGCAGCCUGCAGCGUCUGGAGCCGCUGUGCCAGACUUUCCUUCUGUCUGUUUACCUCCCCUCCACCUGCUAUGGUCCUCUACUUGCACGGCUCUAAUUUAAGCACCACAGACAGCUCUAGCCUAGGCAGCGACGCGACCCUGCGCGACUCCACGGCGCCCCAGAGCCGCGAUGGGCUGAGCCGGAGCGGCCACACGGCGGUGGCGGUGUGCCUCGGCUUCAUCCUGGUGGCCGGGAUCCUCAACAACUCUCUGACGCUGCUGGUCUUCGCCAGGUUCCGCUGCCUGUGGACGCCGAUCAACCUCAUCCUGCUCAACAUCAGCCUGAGCGACGUUCUGGUGUGCGUCUUCGGGACGCCGUUCAGCUUCGCCGCGAGUCUGCGCGGUAGGUGGCUCAUCGGAGAGUUCGGCUGUAAGUGGUACGGGUUCGCCAAUUCCCUUUUUGGCAUUGUGUCUCUGGUGUCCCUGUCUGUCCUUUCCUACGAGCGCUACAACACCGUGCUGCGUUCCUCUAAGGUGGACGUCUCAGACUUCAGGAAGGCCUGGCUCUUCGUCGGAGGCACCUGGGUCUACUCGCUCCUCUGGACGCUGCCGCCCUUCCUGGGUUGGAGCAGCUACGGUCCCGAGGGUCCCGGAACCACCUGCUCUGUCCAGUGGCACCUGCGCUCGCCCACCAGCGUGUCCUAUGUGCUGUGUCUCUUCAUCUUCUGUUUGCUGCUGCCACUGAUGCUCAUGGUUUACUCUUAUGGACGAAUCCUGUUUGCUAUAAGGAGGGUGGGUAAGGUGAACCUGCUGGCCGCGCAGCGCAGAGAGCAACACAUCCUGCUCAUGGUGCUGUCCAUGGUGUCCUGCUACAUGGUGUGCUGGAUGCCCUAUGGAGUCACGGCGCUGAUGGCCACCUUCGGCCGGUCGGGGCUGGUCACGCCGCUGGCCAGCGUGGUGCCGUCCAUCCUGGCCAAGUUCAGCACGGUGGUCAACCCCAUCAUCUACGUGUUCUUUAACAACCAGUUUUACAGGUGCUUGGUAGCCUUCAUAAAGUGCAGCGGGGAGCCACACUCUGUUCACGGAGAGGAGCAGCCAGCUCCAAGAAGCCAUCAGUCGGCCGCCUUUCAUGGUGGGAAACCAGCCUCCUCCAGCCCUUCGCAGCCUCAGCUCCUCUGCAGCAGAGCCGCCGAUCCCUGCAGCUGCCGCAGCGGCACAAACAUCCUGUUUGUCCAUUACACACCAUGAAAGCCUCACAGUCACAUCCGUCACUGGGCGCUUCCUUUUGGGUUUUCAUUUUUGUUGUUUUUAGACAUUUAUUAGUAUUUUAUGUAUUUUCUGGUAAUUAUUACAUUGAAGAUUCUCUUGAACAAAAGGCUUCGCCGCGAUACUGCGACAUGAGAAGCUCUUAUAAGAAACUGAAGAUAUAAAUUUCUUUUUUUCAACCUUUCCUUCUAUUAAACUUUGGCUUCUUAUUUUAAAAUAGAUAUUUAUUUCACUUUACAUAAAUAUAUAUUGUGCUUCACAUAAAUAUUCCCCCAAACGAAGAGAGGGCAGUUUAAUCCCUUUUAUAGUUUGUCUUGAUGCUUGUUCAAGUAAGUAAAUAACUAAAUGUUAUUUAUGUAGCACACUUUACAGGUCAGAAACCACAAAGUGCUUUAGAAAAUAUGAGACAUAAAAACACAGGAGAGAUAAAACAGAAUACAUGGGGCAUAAAACAAAAUAAAACUAAUUAAAAGCCAACCUGAAUAAAUGUGUCUUCAGCUGAUUUUGAAAAGUAUCAAAGUUGGAGGGGCCAAAAGGAUCCUGGUUCACAAAAACAAGGUAAAAAUAAAUGAAUAAAUGUUGAUUAACGCAGUCAGAGGUGUCAAACUCAUGCUCUCAAAUGGCUGGUUGUGCCAAAAUGUAUUGAUAAAACUCACUAACAAAUUGUUAAAAUAUUAAUAAAUCGACGUCUCUGCAUUUGAAAAGUCCUUCAUAACGUUAAAUAAUACUGAACAUUGUUUCACAUUGACGUAAUUUAACAGAGUGCAGAUGAAAACAGCUUUGCUUUGACUAAUAGAAAUGAUAUUUACACAACUUACAGCCGAUAUUUAUACGUCCCUAUUGGGCCUUAUAAAAAACUGUGACGGGUCAGAUUUGGCCCACAGGCCUCCAGUUUGACACAUUUUCAAAGCUUCAUAUUCAGUUUGUUCUCCGCAGGUGUAGAGCUGGAGCUAAGAACGUUUCGAACCACCAGGGGAAGCUGUGGAACUCAUCAGCACUGACUUCAGCAGCAGCUACCUGCCGAAGGCUCAGGUGUUGAUAGAAUUAAACAAACGUGCAGAAAACUUGGAGUGCACACUGCAAACGCUUGCAUACGCAUUUGUUUCCUUUCUUCACUUUAUCACUGACUUUAUAUGUGAUCAGAGAUGCAGGUUUAUCACACAGCUUGGUUUCUAUGCUUUCUGUGAUAAAGACAUUUUAUGCAGCUGUUAUUGCAAAAAAAAAGGCAUUAAAAAUAAUUGACGAUAUUUUGAAUAAUGAUUGAACCUCAUUAAAUAUACAACAAAUAUUAUCCACUUAAAAGAAAAAUACAAAGAAGUGUAUAUAUUGAUUAAAAAAUGUGGAAAAUGGCAAGAGUACAUUACAGUUUAAUCAGUACAUUCAUUUUAUUUUUGAAAAAGAAUUGCUGCUUUAGAUGCAAUUCAAACUCAUUCAAACUGUUUGUACAUUUCAAAGUCAGAACGGAGGGAAAUAUUAUCCUUAAAUUUGCUUUAGUACUAUGGAGAGAGAUUAUGGCGAAAAGAAAAGACGGAGCUCCAGUCAGACUGAAUCAUCCUGCAGCAACACCGCAGCUGCAUGAAGUGAGAAUGCAGCUCUCCGUGCAUUCAGCUGUGAAACCGUGUUACAUUAAAAUGUUUCACUUUAGCUCAACUUCUGCUACCACAACCAAAGUGCUGUGGUGAAGUAGUGAAACUCCUUCAGAUGGAUAACCCUGCUGCGCAUGGGAAUCUAAAAUAAGAAGCCUUCUCCAUAAAUCUCUGUGAGUUGUCUCUCCUCAUCCGUCCUGAUUAACAAAUGUUAAUGAGAAUGGUGGAGGAUAUGUCAUGCUGCGGGCCUGUUUGUUAUUGACACGGACAAAUCAAGACCACAAGUCGGCAUGGAGCACCACAGGGCUGUGUGCUCGAGUCAUUAUUUGUACUUUAUUUAAGCAUUUCAGAAAAAUUUGGAAGAGUUUUUUAUUUUUUUUUUUUAAACCCAAAAUUUGGGUUGAUGAUAAAAUGAUUUAGAUUUUGACUCACUGUGAAUCCAUUGGCUAUUCUUUCUUAAUCAUGUUCAGAGUUGGCAGCUGGACCCCAUUCCAGGAGUCACUAUGUGGGAGGUGAUGUUUAACUGUGAUGCAU